AACUCACGCCGAGCCCUCCAAUUCACAUUGACCCGCCCAGCUCACACCGAGCCCCCCCAGCUCGCACGGACACCCUCAGCUCUCACCGAGUAUCCAGCUCGCACCUCAGAGUCCCUCACUCUGGAGAGCAGCAGCCCUGGGUGUUUUGAGGUGCUUUGGAGGAUCCUGAGACCUCCCAAUGGGGACACUGGGGACCAAUAUGGAAUCUCUGUAGUGAGGCACGAGGACGCCGUUCUGGGGACACUGGGGACACGAUGAGAUGUUGGCGACAUGGUGCUGGGGACGCUGAGGACACUGUGCUGGGGUCAAUGAGAGACCAGGCUGGAGAUGCUGGGGACACAGGAGACGCAGUGCCGGGGCCACUGGGGACACUGUCUCAGCUAUUUGGGGGCCCAACAUGGACACUGUAUGCCAGAUCCAUGAAGGCUCUUGGCCUUGGCAAUAGCGGGGACCCUAUACUGGAGAUAUUGGGGACACGGUCCCAGAACCAUGGGGACCUUUUGCCUCGUGGUGACCCAUGACUUGGCACCGCGGUGAUACUGGGGACAUGCCAUUAACGCAGGGACCUGCCACACAGACCUGUGCUGGACUGUAGGGACAGAGUGACAGCCAUAUGGGGACCCCAAAUGGUCACUGUAUGCUGGGAGCACAGAGAGGUCCUGUACUGGGUGCACUGGGGACCCUGUGGUCCCUGCUCUGGGGACACGGGAGCUGUGUGGGUCCUGUGUUGGAUAUGGGGUCAUUGUGGGAGGGGAGAGGGACUCUGGGGACAUGGGGACCCCGCCAGCGCUGUGUCCCCGCCACGGCGCUGCCCCGCCCUGAGGGUUCCGGGGGUGUCGUCGGGGGGGGGGUUCCCGGCGGUGACGUCAUGGCGGCGCCGCUGCGUGACGCCGUGCGGCGGCUCUGACGUCAGGCCCGGCCCCCCGGCAGCAUGGCGGCCGGGCCCGCACCGGCCGGCCCGCGCUGACAUGGACCUCAAGGGCCAGUACUGGACGGACGAUGACUCCGACGGGGAUAACGAGUCCGAGGAGUUCCUCUAUGGCGUGCAGGGGACCUGCGCCGCCGACCUGUACCGGCACCCGCAGCUGGACGCCGACAUCGAGGCCGUGAAGGAGAUCUACAGUGAGAAUGCUGUGGCUGUCAGGGAGUAUGGGACCAUCGAUGACGUGGACAUCGACCUCCAUGUGAACAUCAGCUUCCUCGAUGAGGAGGUGGCGACAGCAUGGAAGGUGCUGCGGACGGAGCCCAUCGUGCUCCGCCUGCGCUUCUCCCUGUCCCAGUACCUCGAUGGCCCUGAACCUUCCAUUGAGGUUUUCCAGCCAUCCAACAAGGAGGGCUUCGGGCUGGGUCUGCAGCUGAAGAAGAUCCUGGGCAUGUUCACAUCCCAGCAAUGGAAACAUCUCAGCAACGAUUUCCUGAAGACCCAGCAGGAGAAGCGGCACAGUUGGUUUAAGACGAGCGGCACCAUCAAGAAAUUCCGUGCUGGUCUCAGCAUCUUCUCUCCCAUCCCCAAGUCUCCCAGCUUCCCUGUUAUCCAAGAUUCAGUGCUGAAGGGCAAACUGGGCAUCCCCGAGCCUCGUGUGAACCGCCUGAUGAACCGCUCUGUGUCCUGCAUGGUGAAGAAUCCCAAGGUGGAAGUUUUUGGCUACCCACCCGCCAGCACCCAGGCAGGUGUUGCCCCCUUCAACAUUCUGGUGGGAGGCCACUGCAAGAACAUCCCCACGCUGGAGUACGGCUUCCUCGUCCAGAUCAUGAAGUACGCGGAGCAGCGGAUCCCAACGCUCAACGAGUACUGCGUGGUGUGUGACGAGCAGCACGUCUUCCAGAACGGCUCCAUGCUGAAGCCAGCUGUGUGCACCCGGGAGCUCUGCGUCUUCUCCUUCUACACCCUGGGCGUCAUGUCCGGCGCGGCUGAGGAGGUGGCCACUGGUGCUGAGGUGGUGGACCUGCUGGUGGCCAUGUGCCGCGCUGCCCUCGAGUCUCCUCGCAAGAGCAUCAUCUUUGAGCCUUACCCCUCUGUGGUGGACCCCAAUGACCCCAAAACUCUGGCCUUCAACCCCAAGAAGAAGAACUAUGAGCGGCUGCAGAAGGCUCUGGACAGUGUGAUGUCCAUCCGGGAGAUGACCCAGGGGUCCUACCUGGAGAUCAAGAAGCAGAUGGACAAGCUGGACCCCCUGGCACAUCCCCUCCUGCAGUGGAUAAUCUCCAGCAACAGAUCCCAUAUUGUCAAGCUGCCUCUCAGCAGGCAGCUGAAGUUCAUGCACACCUCCCACCAGUUCCUCCUGCUCAGCAGCCCCCCGGCCAAGGAAGCCCGGUUCCGCACGGCCAAGAAACUCUACGGCAGCACCUUCGCUUUCCAUGGCUCUCACAUUGAGAACUGGCAUUCCAUCCUCCGCAACGGGCUGGUCAACGCCUCGUACACCAAACUGCAGCUGCAUGGAGCAGCCUAUGGCAAGGGCAUCUAUCUGAGCCCCAUCUCCAGUAUUUCCUUUGGAUACUCAGGAAUGGGGAAAGGGCAGCACCGGAUGCCAUCGAAGGAUGAGCUGGUGCAGCUGUACAACCGGAUGAACACGAUCCCCCAGACCCGCUCCAUCCAGUCCCGCUUCCUCCAGAGCCGCAACCUGAACUGCAUCGCACUUUGCGAAGCAGUGAUCACCUCCAAGGACCUGCAGAAACACGGCAACAUCUGGGUCUGCCCUGUCUCGGACCACGUCUGCACACGCUUCUUCUUUGUGUAUGAAGAUGGCCAAGUGGGAGACGCCAAUAUCAAUACUCAGGACCCCAAAAUCCAGAAGGAGAUCAUGCGUGUGAUCGGGACUCAGGUGUACACAAACUGACUGGCAGCGGUGGCGGGGGCACCCCGGGAGCCCCGGGCCCCGAGUGAGCCCCGGGCGAGGCUGGGCAGGGGCUGAGCGGGUUUGGAGCCCCCCAGGCAGAGCAGAGCUGGGGCAGCACUGGCACCCUGUGAGCACCAGGCGGGUUCAGCCGUCCCUUGUCCCCUCCCUGUCCCCUCCCCACUGUCCCUGACCCUGUGGCAGCGUGGAGAAGGAGCCGUGGGUCCGGCGUGGCUGGGGCCGCCCCUCUUGGCUUUGGCAGUGACGGUGUUUUUAUCAAUGGUGAGAAACCGAAGCAAAAAAAAGACAAACAACCAAAAGAAACCCAAAAACAUAGGAAAAAAAAAAAAAAAGAGAAAAGGAAUUGGUGUUUGUGGAUUUA